AAAACGAAACCACACGGUGGACACCUCUGGUUGGUCGCCCUCGCGUUUCCUCCUCUCCACAGCAGCACCUUAUCGUCAUCCUCGGCUGGUUCAUCGCUAACAAGGGGCAACAGCGCCAGCGCCUGCUUCCUUCCCGGCCGCCGUCGACAUGGCUGCUCAAGAGGAGAAGACUGCUACGGUCAAGACAGAGGAGCCUUCGCCGGCGGAGGAGCAGCAGCCAGCAGCAGGGGCGACGCGCAGGGCCGGGCCGUCGGCGCCGGCCAACCCCUUCGACUUCUCCACCAUGAUGAACCUCCUUAAUGACCCGAGCAUCAAGGAGAUGGCGGAGCAGAUCGCCAAGGACCCGGCGUUCACGCAGAUGGCGGAGCAGCUGCAGAAGACGGUGGUGUCACCGCGGCAGGCGCCGGCGGCGAAGCAGGCGGUGCCCCAGGCGGCGGCGGCGCUGGACCCGCAGAAGUACGUGGCGACGAUGCAGCAGCUGAUGCAGAACCCGCAGUUCGUGGCGAUGGCGGAGCGGCUGGGCAGCGCGCUGAUGCAGGACCCGGCCAUGGCGACGAUGCUGGGCGGGCUCACCAACCCGGCGCACAAGGAGCAGCUCGAGGCUCGCAUCGCGCGCAUGAAGGAGGACCCCACGCUCAAGCCCAUCCUCGACGAGAUCGAGACCGGCGGCCCCGCUGCCAUGAUGAAGUACUGGAACGACCCCGAGGCUCUGCAGAAGUUCGGGCGGGCGAUGGGUGUCGGCCCAUCGAGCGAGGCCGCCGGCGCGGAGCACGACGAGGCCGAGGAAGAGGCCGGCGAGGAGGAAGGCGAGUACGAGGAGUCGUCCAUCAUCCACCACACUGCGAGCGUCGGCGACGUCGAGGGCCUGAAGAAGGCGCUGGAGGAUGGCGUGGACAAAGACGAGGAGGACUCGGAAGGCCGUAGAGGCCUGCACUUCGCGUGCGGGUACGGCGAGCUCAACUGCGCGCAGGUGCUCCUGGACGCCGGCGCGGCGGUGGACGCGGUGGACAAGAACAAUAACACCGCGCUGCACUACGCCGCCGGCUACGGCCGCAAGGACUGCGUCGCCCUCCUGCUCGAGAGCGGAGCUGCCGUGACGCUGCAGAACCUGGACGGGAAGACGCCCAUCGACGUGGCCAAGCUCAACAACCAGGAGGACGUCCUCAAGCUGCUCGAGAAGCACGCCUUUGUAUAGGCGCCGCCGCCAAGCUGCUCAUCACCUUGCUUCAUGCCUUGCUUUGCUCCUGUAGUCUUGCUCUGCUGUGCCCUGCUUUGCUUUCUCCGCCGAAAGAAGUUUCUUUUCUUCAGUUCGGUGUAUGUAUUGAGAGUCUGCAUGCCGGAUUUUGCUUGCGUAAUUAAGGUGGGAAUGGGUUCGUUGGAUCUCUACUCUAUGGAUCGUUCAUGAGUUUUUCUUAAUGAAUAAGGAAGAAAUUUUCAUUUCA